AUGCCUCGCCGAUACAGCUUGCAAGACUCGCAGAGCCCUUCACAGCCAACACCCCAGCCCACCCAACAACCAUCGCAUGUAAACACACGUGCAUUCACGCGGGGCAUGGCCUUGCUUGAGGACCUCGAGCAACAGCGCCGCGACAAACUCGCUCGAUUCACGACUGUGCGCCAAGAGGAGCCCGAUGAGGAUGCAGACUCCAACUCCCCCAUCUACGACGCCUUUCUCUCAACCCAAGGUCCCGAAGGCAUAUUCUCCCUCACGAACUUUUCGCCGUCUGAGUUCGAUCUUUUGUGGGCUGACCUGCGCCAUUUCGUGUCCAAGAACUGGAACGUUGGGUCUGGACGAAAGUCCGAGGUGUCAGCAAGGGACCUCCUCCUUAUGAUGCUUGCGUCGAUGAAGCACUGUGGCAACUGGGACGUCGUGGCCCUUGUCUUCUCGCAGAAACCUCCCACGUUCGAGAAGCGCGUCCUUGGGUACAUCAAGGCCGUUCACCCCUUCUUCAUGCGGUCCUACGUCGCUCAGCUUGCCGAGCAGUGGUCCAUGAAGAACCUGAUCGCAUCAGGGAAUCAAUUUAAGAACUUCCCGUUCGCUCGAUACGCCACCGACGUCACGUUUCAACAAACAAACACUCCAUUUGGCUCGUACGCCGAGAAGAAGCAUUACUACAGUGGGAAGCACUCGCUCUACGGUCACAAAGUCGAAAUCUCGGUCGUCCCAAAUGGCUUUGCCAUCUUUUGCACAGAGCACUACAAAGGAAGUAUCUCGGACAAGACCAUCUUCGAUGAGAACGUCGAUGUGCACAAAGCAGGCCUCGCCAAGCAGCAGGACGAGACCCUUCUUGCGGACCCAAACCGUGAACACACUUCAUGGGCUGUGCUUGCGGACAAGGGUUACCAAGGCAUACAGCAUGAAUACUCCACGAUCGUCCAGUCGACCAACAUUAUGUCCUCCACCAACACCGCAGCCCACCAGGCGGUCCUCGCCCUUUUGCGUCGCGCUUUUGACGACAAGGAUACCGCGCUACUCCUUGGAGGGAUGACUCCCGAUAACCAAACUCGCCUUGUAGAAGGCAUUGGUAGCACGAUUGAUCUCUCAGUUGCCGAAGCUACGGCCGCCCAGAAGGCAUUGGAAGAACAAGUCGCCCAAAUGUCUUCGCACCGGCGAAACCUUGAAGAUUCUCUUCGCAUCGCUCGCGAGAAAAUCGCGACCCUAGAAGACCAAGCCUCCACCAUGUCGCCCAUGGUUGCACCCUCCAAGAUUCUCUCCGAAUCGCUCACGAUGAGAUCGCGGGCCUCACGCGCGCUUCGGAGUUGGAAGCACCAUCGACUUCUCGCCUGA